UACUGGCAGAAGAGGAUCAUUUCCGCCCCUAGAGAUAAUAUAGACAAAUUUAUUGAAUAUCUGGAAAGAGUGGAAAGAGUAGCUGCUGCUGAGGAGCAGGUGCAGCAGAAUAACAAAUCUUCUAACAAUCACGUACAAAAUAAUGGAAACGUGAACGUUAGAAAUAUGGAAGUUAGGCACACCAAAACAAACUAUCGAAACCAAAGCCGUGGCAGAGGAAGAGGGGGUAGAUACUCACCACGCUUUCGUAACAACUACUAUGACGAAAGUGGAGAAGUAAAUACUAUGCCAUUAAGACAAGAAGGGAGUCAUGAUGCUACUAUAUCUAGUGGUGUCACAGAUGAACACAACAGGCCGCGUGUGGGAAACUAAAUCCCGUCUAUGAGGAAACUGGCGCUCACCAGGCGGUAACAGUAACACAGCCAGUAACGGAAACACAGACAAUCAGCCAACAUACACAGACAGACAACAUGGAUGACGAAAUAAAUACAGAUAAUACCAGUGAUGUGUUAAGCCACUCUCACAAAAUAGUGGAUAGUAUUUUGGAUACACUAGAAAAAUGGGUCAAGGAAGAACAGGAACUCAAGGUAGAUAAUGGGGAAGAAAUAGAUAAUGGGUUUGAGUCUGAUGGGAAUAAUGAUGAAGUAAAAGCUUACAUCUUCGAUGAAAAUGGCAAUCUAAAAGCUGAAGUAGAAGUAGCAGAAGUAGAAUCAGUACUGCAAAACUUUAGAGAGGAGGAAAUGAUGAAUGAAGGGGGUAGAAAUAGUAACGAGGUGAAAGAAUCUAGUAGCUGUGUAAACGUGCCACAAAUGGUUGAAGGUGACGACAUUCUUAUGAACAGCAAUAUUGCGCAGGGACGCAGUUGCUCAGAGGUAGAGGAUAGUUUGGCUGAUGUGCAGCAAACAAAAGUAGAAAAAGUCGUCAGAUGCUUCGAUUUAAAGUUAGUGGACAGAUUAGAGAAAGCAGCUAAGAUUAUAGAGCAUGAUGAGCCCCAGGAUGUAAAUGUAAAUGUAAUUGCAACUGAUCAGAAUUACUUUAGCUGGAAGAACAUAGAACGAGAUUUAUUAGACGAGGUGUGUGAGCAACCUGUUCAAUGUAAAAUAACUCACCCUGUUAUCAAAGUAAACAUAUCAGGAGUCACUGUGCGUUGUCUGCUUGACAGUGGCAGUGAAGCAAGUGCUUUAUCACAAACAUUUUUUGACACCAUACCCAAUAAAGAGAAGUUAACAGUUAUGAAAGUAAGUGGCUUAAAGAUUAUAGGUGCUACUGGAAAAGUCUCUAGACCAGUUCAACACGAAGCUUUGAUACCCAUUGGUAUAAAUGACGUAGUAAUAGAUCAUCCUUGUUUGAUUGUGCUAGGCUUAAGUGUUGAUAUGUUGAUUGGUACUGAUUUCUUAUCAAAGUACCAGGGAAAGAUCAAUUUUGAUCAGAACAACUUAAUUUUAACUUUACCUGACUCUAAAGUGAUAAGAGAGUCUUUUAUAGGAAGUCAUAUAGGCGGUAGUAAUGAAACUUGGGAACUGCCUAUUAGAGUAAUAAAGAAUAAAGGAUACUUGCAGGAAAAUUUGGUUUUCAGUGAGAAUGAGGAAAGUGCUAAGGUUGAAGAGAGACACAUCCUAAAGGAAAUAGAGGAAAAGGUACAAUCAACAAAGCAAAUUGCUGACGAACAAAGAUCAGAGUUAAAGAGUGUGUUAACUAAGCAUAGUAAUGUAUUCUCAAACGCACCUGGUGAAGUUAAAGGUUAUGAAUGCCAUUUGAAUAUCAAGCCUGGGAAGGUAUUUUUUAAGAAGCCUUAUCCAAUACAUGUUGCAAGGAAACAAGCAGUGCGAAAUGAAAUUAAACGUAUGUUGGCAUGGGGUGUCAUAGAGCAAGCAAUUAGUGAAUACAAUAGUCCUCUUGUUGUAGUGCCUAAGCGUGAUGGAAGUGUUAGAUUAGUAUUGGAUGCACGCUGGUUAAAUGAAAUUGUCAUCAGAGAAAGUGAUCGUCCUCAAAAUAUUGGAUGAGAAGAAAGCACAGGCCAGGGCAAAUAUACGCAAAAGAGCUUUAGAUAGGAAAAAGAGGCAUGAUGCAAGGGCUUCCCCCACUAGUUUUAAAAUUGGUGAGCUAGUGCUGGUCAAAACAAAAGAAAAAUCAAAGAAAAUUUCUGCAGAAACUAAAAAGUUUAUGCAUGUAUAUCAUGGACCAUUUAGAAUAGUAAGUAAACCUCAUGCAAAUGCCUAUCGUUUGGAAUAUCCAAAGAGUAAGAGAGAACUAGGUCUAAGAAAUAUUGUGGAUCUAAAGGAAUUUAAAAUUAACAGUAAUUAAUUACUGUAGGGAGUCUGCCACUCUUUGGCGGAUACACGGUUUGGCGUACCGUGCAGUCCCAGCUGGGUGAAACUUUAUUUCCUUUUCAAGUUUCAUUCCCUUCUUCUGGUCUAUCAUAACAGGUAAGAAUCACAUAUGUCUUCAUGUUGUAUAUAUGCUAUUAGGUUUUAAGUAUUCUUAGUAAGGAUCUACCUAGUGAAUGGCAAAACAAAAGUCUGAGUACCAAUAAGAGGCAAACAUGGCUAAAAUAAAUAAAUUAAAAUAUUUCAUGUAAUUGUAAAGGGUUAGAAACUACAACUAAGAGAGACACUUUGCAGUAUACGAAGUACGGUAUGAAUAUGAAUAAUCCAUGAGAUUAUGCAGAAGGUAGUAUGUUGCUAGAAAUAAGGUUGUCUGAAGGAAAACAGCGUAAGAAGGUAAUGCUCAUAGAGGCAAGCAAUGGCGUUUUAGAAUUAAAUAAAUGGAGAUGUGUGGAAGUGGUGUGAGGAUCGCACCAAAUAUAUAGAAACAGGACGUCAAUAGGCUGACAAAA